AUGGCGGCAGUUAAGCGCUUCUUCAGCUCCCCCCGCUUUGCGGUGGCGGGCGCCAGCAAUGACGUUCACAAGUUUGGAUACAAAAUCCUCGCCUGGUAUCAUCAGCACUCGUUGCCGGUGACACCGCUCAACCCCCGCGCAGCGCAGAUCAACCUGCCCUCGCGUGCUUACGAUACGGUCCCCUCCCCGGCGGGUUUGCCUUCGCCCAAGCAGACUUCCCUGUCGGUGGUGACUCCGCCAGCUGUCACACUUCAAGUCCUGCAAGAAGCGCACUCUGUGGGAAUUCCCGCCGUCUGGUUGCAGCCAGGAACCUUCGACGAUGCCGUGUUGGAGUAUGCUCACGGUCACUUCGAGGCGGUGAUGGCGGGAGAUGGAGGACAGGGCGGCGAGGGAUGGUGUGUGUUGGUCGAUGGCGAUGAGGGACUUGAGGCAGCUGGAGUGCAAUGGACCAGUCAGCGAUUGUAG